AUAUAUAUAUAUAUAUAUAUAUACACUUUGUAUAUAUUGACAUCCUUAGUCUCCUUCUCUUUCUUCUCCUUUUCCAUAGUUCUUGUGAUACCACUUGUUUUUUUUUCUCCUUCACACACUCUCUCUUCUAUUAGUUUCUGGCCAUUGUCACAGCCUCUUUUCAAAAGCAUAUGCUAAAAGUGACAUCACCUAUUGAUACAACAUUAACUUUCUUCACCAAAUACAAUCUAACAAUACAAUGUCUUCAUCACCAAUGACACCCUACCAAUUCCUUCAAUCCCCGACAAAUCCAGCCUCAUUUUAUCCUACUACUACUUCUUCUUCUUCCUCUUCCUCUUCCUCUUCUUCUUCUUCUUCUUCUUCUUCUUCUUCUUCUUCACUGACUUUACGAACGGGUGGAUGUCCUCAUGUACAAAUCAUCAAAUCCAAUUCUGCAGAAGAUGGUUCAUUAUUAUCCAAUUAUCAUGCUUUGGUCAAAUAUGCUUUGAAUUGGACAAAAUCAUCAAAUAAAUUGGCAAAUGAUAAAAAGAAACGACACAGGAACGAGUUACCAUUACCUCAAUGUACUGUAUGUUCUGAUUCUUUAGCAAGACUUCAUGUAUGUCUUCAUUGUGUUUAUAUGGGAUGUUGGAAAAAAGGUCAUAUGCGACAUCAUUUGAAAACAAAGAAACAUAAUUUUGCUAUGGAUUUUUCAAGAUGUAUGCUUUAUUGUGGAGAAUGUCAAGAUUAUAUUUAUGAUGCUGAACUUAUGGAUCGAGUUGUUCGAUUAGAAACCUUGAAAAGUGAUCUUGGAACUCGACGAUUUCGAAUACGAUGGAAACAAGGAAGACGAUGGAUGCCUUAUCAAGAAGAAGUAGAUACAAUUGUACGUCAUUCUACUUUAGUAUCCUGUCAAGGUAUUCGUGGAUUAUGCAAUAUGGGAAAUACUUGUUUUAUGAACGUCAUUCUUCAGAGUUUCAUCCAUAAUCCUCUAUUGAAAGCCUAUUUCCUUAGCGAUCAACAUAAUCCGAAACAAUGUACAACAAAAUAUUGUCUAUGCUGUGAAAUGGACCGACUUUUUGCCGAGGUAUAUUCUCCAAGAAAAGAACCUUAUGGACCAUGUCAUUUCCUUCAAGCCAUGUGGAUGUCACUUCGUGAAUUGGCUGGUUAUGCUCAACAAGAUGCUCAUGAAUUCUUUAUUAGUGCACUCAAUCAUAUUCAUGCUGGUUGUAAAGAUAAUUCCAUGGUAGAUUGUAAAUGUAUUGUACACAAAACAUUUGCUGGUGCUUUACAAUCUAAUGUCACCUGCUCACGAUGUGGGAAUGUCACUACAACUCAUGAUCCAAUGUUAGAUAUCAGUUUAGGACUACGCCCCAUGGAAAAAAAGAAAAAAUCAGCAUCAAUAUCAUCACCUAAACAACAACAGCAUCAAAAUGGAACAACCAUAGGUGGUAAUGAUUCUGUUGUGCAUGAUCUUUUUGCCAAUUCAAUGUCUCAAGUAUCAUCAAGUCAUCAUAUGAAUGGUUCUACAGGUUUCAACUCCAACCCUACGAAUUCAACUACGGUGGUAUCCAAUGAUAAUAAUACUACUUUAACAACAUUACGUCGAUCACGUCAAGGGAAUACCUUAGUAGAUUGUUUGGAUCGAUAUACUCAACCGGAAAAGUUAGGAAGGAAUGAUUAUAUAUGCAGCAAUUGUGGUACCUUUCAAGAAGCUACCAAGCAACUUUCUAUUGAACGAUUACCUUCUGUUCUUAGUUUUCAAUUGAAGCGUUUUGAACAUGGAGUUUCUGCAACCAAGAUUGAAACAAAGAUCAAAUUUCCUGUAGAAUUAGAUAUGACUCCUUAUACAACCAAAGGAAAAAAGAAAUUCAAGGAUCAGAAUUAUACAUCAAAUCCAUCAAAUCUAUAUACUCUAUUCGCUGUUGUCAAUCAUCAAGGCCGUAUGGAUACUGGACAUUAUACCAUGUUUGCUCGCCAUAGGGAAGAAUGGUUCAAAUUCGAUGAUCAUCAUGUUACCGUGGCAUAUCAACGAGAUGUUUUGGAAAGCAAAGCUUAUAUGUGUUUUUAUGUCAAGAAGAUAUUAGACUAUGAAGAAUGAUUUUUGUUUAGUUUUUUUUUUUUUUUACCUCCAUUUUGAUACUUACAUACAUA